UGAUGAUUUGCCUACUUGCGGUGGGAAUGAGUUUGGAGCAGGUUCUGUGAAUUGCCUUGCCAUGAUGUUGCCUGAAUGAUAAUGCAAUCGGCUGAGUGAGGACGUAACAGGCCACUAAGGUAAGGGCAAUGAUAGAGCAAACUAGUUGUCUUUCUAUGUUCUAUAUUGCAAGAAUACUGCCGUUGCACAGGUGAUUCGAAUAUACUUUCUGAAAUAGCUAUUCUUCACCCUGUUUGCAAUUCAUGGACAAUGCUGAAUUAUUAAUUUACAUAUUUACUAAAUGGCAAUCCCUUUGUGUUUGUUUUUGUAUACAUGGUCGCAUAUCCUAAAACGUUAUUGAGCCUAAAGUUUUCCCGCAGUUACAGUAACAUGGAUAUAAAAACUUGACUGCUUAGUAUGCCCGCCAUGCGAUCAGACAGAGAGAGAGACGUGACUGAGCCGUGCUGUGCGGUGCGCCCAGGCUAUGUGUUGCUCCUAUGCAGUUGAACAAUAUGGCCAUAGUGAAUUAUUUCAUGUUUAGAGCGUUAGUGACUAAAUCAUUUUACAUGUUGGUGUUUUGGGGUAGGAAUUCGUUAUUCCAUCAGAGCGCAGUUUGCACCUGAUGCGCUCUGUUGCGGAACUACCCAGGCUGAGUGUUAGCAUUAUCUAUGAAGUGUAUAUGGAUCAGUGGUCACUGAAGGUCAGAAAACAUAACAAAUAAUCAUGUAACUAUUUAUCGUAGCAUUUAUGUAUAUGAGCUUAGGCUAUAUAGGCUAAAUUGGUUGAGGAGUGGCCACCACUACAAACAUUAGAAAAGCGCUCCAGAUGUGUGUGAUUGUCAACGGUCUUUUUCACCUUUCUAAAUCUAAACGGGAUUUGCAUUCGGUUCAAAUGUAAUCGUGGUUUGAUAGCAGUAACUUAUUAGAUCUAUUUAUUCAGGAGUGUUCCCGCUGUAGCCUAUCCAUAAUCUUUUACGCAAUCCAUAUGCGCCCAUAUCAGCCAGCGGCUCAGCGCAGCGCAAGGAGAGUAUAGACAUUAUAGUGCAUGCAUGCGUGUGUGACCUGUUGCAGUAAUACAGUUAAAGUACGUGUGUACUAAUACAUUUACAGCACACGUGAUAGUGUAUGGCUCUGUCCACUUGCAGCCUAUGACAUAUAGGCAUAUACAGUACCUGACCAGUCUCAAACAGACCUCAUGGGGCACUGCUGGAUUUGGGGAGCCUAUAAUUCCCCUGUGUUUCCUUCCAGUGUAUUUACUUAUACUGACACAUUACUAUACAAUAUCAACAUUUCAGCUCAGUCCCUGACAUUUGGUCAGCCAAUGCUAAACUAUUAUUACUUUUCCCUCUGCAAUUGUUGAACAUGCAAGAUAUUGACAUAAGACAUCAUUCUAAUGUUUUUUGAAAAACCAUGGCAAUCAACCAGACCAAUCUUAUUCACUAUUAAUUGUACUGUCAUUACCAUGAUCUGAGAUUGAAUAUUUAAUGUGGUUUCUCCUCUAUCUCCCUCUAGACUUAUAAACACACUGAAGGAAGGCAGGUGGGAUAGAACACACCUCAUGCGUGGGCUCAGAGAGGGUCCGAGGCCGUACGGAUCAUCUGACUAACAUGGGUGUUCUCCAGCUCCACAACCCCACCCUCCCCGCCACGCUCCUGCAGAGGGCCAAUCAUAUGCGUCUGUCGGGAACGCUGUGUGACGUCAUCAUCACAGUGGACGGCCAGGAGUUCCCGGCCCACCGCACCGUCCUGGCCUGCACCAGCAAGAUGUUUGAGAUCUUGUUCCAUCGCAGCAGCCUGCACUACGCCCUCGACUUCCUCUCCCCCAAGACCUUCCAGCAGAUCCUUGAGUACGCCUACACGGCCUCCCUGCAGGCCACGGACGAGGACCUGGACGACCUGCUGUACGCCGCUGAGAUCCUGGAGAUCGAGUACCUGGAGGAGCAGUGCCUCAAGGUCCUGGAGACCAUCCAGUCAGAAGAGAAGCAGGACCACCUGAGUCUGAGUGGGAGGAACCAAGGGUCUGGAGAGAGCGAACAUGGCAGAGCAAGGCACUGGAGGAACAUGCUAAUCUCCAAGAAGCAUUCCAUGCAGGAGGGUGGUAUCAACCCCACCGCCCUGCACCACCUGGCACUGUACCACAUGACUGACAGGAGUCCCUCUGGGCCAGGGGGACUACCUAUGGGGCUCCCUGUAGCCAGCCCCACACAAGAUGGAGGGGUUAGUCUGGAGGGCCUGGGUCAGUCUCCACUGCAGUACAGCCUCAAUGGAGCCCAGGAUCCCUCCCUUCCUCUGGCUAAGAGGAUAAAGACAGAGGACAAUAACAUGCAGGUGGAUGAAGCCAAUGGCUACGAAGGCCGGUCCUCCAGCGGAGGGGAGGGGGGAUGUGAGUCGGAUCAGCCCAGAGAUGAGGGCUCGGGGACCCCCCAAAGAAGCAGUGUCAUCACCUCAGCUAGAGAGCAGCACUCGGGCCAAGAGGAGGGGGGCAUAGUGGGGAACAACUCUCCUCUGGACAGUUUCCCUGGUCUGGCUGAGAAACACAUGGCCUCCCUCUACUCCUCUAUGCCCUCCAACCACGUAGGGGAGGUGGGGCAGCCUAUGCCCAUGUCGGUGGCUCCUUCCCUGGCUAUGUCCCUGGACCUGAGGGCCUACGGGGGACUGCUGCCCCAGGGCCUGCUCCACAGGGAGAUCCUCAGCAGGCUGGGCCAGUUUGCAGCAGGGAUGAGGAGGGAGGGCCAGAGUCAGAGUCAGAGCUGUAGGGACUGUGGUCUCCAGCUGCACGACAGAGAGGCCAUGGAGCAACACAGGUAGAGUACAGAGUACAGCUGGCUGCAUACACCACUCACUGUUAUAUCUCUAGGGGGUCUUUAGGUAUUAUGGAUCUCUAGGUAUCAUUGAAGGAAGUCUUUUGUCAGAGAGUGCCGGCAAGUAAAUGUAGUUGAAUGUGGAAUGAGUGAAACAGCAUUUAUUUUAGCAGAAUGCAGAUCAUUAUAAUGCUGUGAUAAUUUAGUAAACGCUGUUAAUCAAAGUAAAAUGCAAUUAGAUUAUGUCACCCCUUCACCAACAAAGUGUUCUGUCUGGUCACUAUACACUAGGAGGUCUGUGAGAGACAGACAGAGGGAUGUGGCAUAUGUGUGUGUGUGUGUGUGGUGAGUCUGGAGUCUUCAUGCUAAAUGGUUAAUUGUUUUGUUAGGAUGUGAAGGAAGAGAUAAAUUGUAGUGCACAACUUCUAAUUUAAAGGUUGGCGAUUUAUUUUAGUCUUCAUUAACUUUCAACACAUUAAAAGACUUCAAAGGAAAGAGCUGGGAGCAACCAUAUUAAAUCUGUUAAUUUGUUUUAAAAAGACACCUGCUCUUGUGCCUGAAUAUAGGGACUUCAUAAGAGGAAUGAAAUAGGUCUUUGUUAGCCGCUUAGCAGACAUGGUGUGGCAUAAUGAAGCUGUUUACAAAGUUGCUAAAUUUUUCACAAUUCUGUAUGAUUAUUUUUUAUUAGAUGUGCCUCAUACUUAAGACUGUCUCUGAGUGCAUUUGGUAUGCAUUCCUUUGCAUUAGUGAGGAGCGAGAGUAGCCUGCCUCUACAGGGAUCUGCAGGCUUCUCAGCAUGUGAAGGCAGAAGCCACUGGUUGACAGUUAUGCUGCUGCCUCAUGACUUGGUGGGUUUAAAGAGGUUGGUGGGUUUAGACCAGUGGUUGGUGGGUUUAGAGGUUGGUGGGUUUAGACUAGAGGUUGGUGGGUUUAGACUAGAGGUUGGUGAGUUUAGACUAGAGGUUGGUGAGUUUAGACUAGAGGUUGGUGGGUUUAGACUAGAGGUUGGUGGGUUUAGAUUAGAGGUUGGUGGGUUUAGACUAGAGGUUGGUGGGUUUAGACUAGAGGUUGGUGGGUUUAGAGGUUGGUGGGUUUAGACUAGAGGUUGGUGGGUUUAGACUAGAGGUUGGUGAGUUUAGACUAGAGGUUGGUGAGUUUAGACUAGAGGUUGGUGGGUUUAGACUAGAGGUUGGUGGGUUUAGAUUAGAGGUUGGUGGGUUUAGAUUAGAGGUUGGUGGGUUUAGACUAGAGGUUGGUGGGUUUAGACUAGAGGUUGGUGAGUAUAAAGAGGUUGGUGGGUUUAGAUUAGAGGUUGGUGGGUAUAGACUAGAGGUUGGUGGGUUUAGACUAGAGGUUGGUGAGUAUAAAGAGGUUGGUGGGUUUCGACUAGAGGUUGGUGGGUUUAAAGAGGUUGGUGUGUUUAAAGCGGUUGGUGGGUUUAGACUAGAGGUUGGUGGGUUUAAAGAGGUUGGUGGGUUUAAAGAGGUUGGUGGGUUUAUAACUUGUAAGAUUAUUGUAAACUCAUGAGUCACAUUUCCCAUAACUCUGUUGAUGACAUGUACUACACCUGCUCAGCGCUAGCUUGUGAGCAGUGCUACUCAUGACAUUACAACAGCUACGGACAGGUCCUCAGGUCCCAUAGCUAAAUCAAUCAACCAAGCCAUCAUCAGUGUCAGAGCACCAACCUCCACCCUUUCUCCUCCCAUACAGAUGGCGGACAUUUCAGGCCUGUGCCACUUCAGUGUUUGAUGACACAGAACAUCCAGCAGGGUAUUAGCUAGCCAAUGAUCAGUCAUGGAGAUAGGCAGAGGUUGGAAGGUUGGAGGAGUCAGUCCUUCUGGUGACUGCUGAUGUUGUAAUGAAUCUAGUCCAUGUCAGGAGACAGGUCACUGAGCAUCAUCCACCUCAGUCACAUUGACAUUUCUGAGUGGAGAGAACAGGGAGAGAUACGUUUGUUAGGGCAUAGCACACCUUUUCAGAACUUUAACUUCAGUGAAUUAUUUAAAGGAGAAAGCUUGGAAUCAUAUGAGGUGUCUUUGGUUUUUAGUGGAUCUCUUCUCUAGUUUUCUAUUGAAAAUCCUAUUGUUUUUCUAUUCUAUUUUGAUGUAGCAGGUGUUCUUGAUUUAAUUGAAGAGAGUUUUGUUGACAUACUAUUUUAUUGGUACUAUAUAUGAGAUAAUCUGUUCUUUGACUGUGGUCUGUUUAUAACUGUCUAGAGGACUGCUGUCUGACCAUUGUGCUGCAGAGGGGAAUAUGAGGAUAACAGUGCAGAUGAUGCCUCGCAUGGCUGGACGUGUGUGAUAUGAUAUCAUGGGGUUUGCUGCAGGCAGAGCGGCGAGUCAGUUUUUAAAAAAAUUUGUACUAGUUACGAGAGGAGUGUGUGUCUGGAUUUCCAUGUGUACGUGUGUAUCUGUGUUUUUGUCUGUGUCUGUAUGUGUACGUGUGUCUGUGUCUGUGUUUGUGUCUGUAUGUGUACGCUUGUCUGUGUUUGUGUCUGUGUCUGUAUGUGUACGUGUGUCUGUGUUUUUGUCUGUGUCUGUGUCUGUAUGUGUACGUGUGUCUGUGUUUGUGUCUGUAUGUGUACGUGUGUCUGUGUUUGUGUCUGUGUCUGUAUGUGAAUGUGUGACUGUGUUUGUGUCUGUGUCUAUAUGUGUACAUGUGUCUGUGUUUUUGUCUGUGUCUGUAUGUGUAUGCGUGUCUGUGUUUGUGUCUGUGUCUGUAUGUGUACGUGUGUCUGUGUUUGUGUCUGUGUCUGUAUGUGUACGUGUGUCUGUGUUUGUGUCUGUAUGUGUACGUGUGUCUGUGUUUUUGUCUGUGUCUGUAUGUGUAUGUGUGUCUGUGUUUGUGUCUGUGUCUGUAUGUGUAUGCGUGUCAUGUCUGUGUUUGUGUCUGUGUCUGUAUGUGUACGUGUGUCUGUGUUUGUGUCUGUAUGUGUACGUGUGUCUGUGUUUGUGUCUGUGUCUGUAUGUGAAUGUGUGACUGUGUUUGUGUCUGUGUCUAUAUGUGUACAUGUGUCUGUGUUUUUGUCUGUGUCUGUAUGUGUAUGCGUGUCUGUGUUUGUGUCUGUGUCUGUAUGUGUACGUGUGUCUGUGUUUGUGUCUGUAUGUGUACGUGUGUCUGUGUUUUUGUCUGUGUCUGUAUGUGUAUGUGUGUCUGUGUUUGUGUCUGUGUCUGUAUGUGUAUGCGUGUCAUGUCUGUGUUUGUGUCUGUGUCUGUAUGUGUACGUGUGUCUGUGUUUGUGUUUGUGUCUGUAUGUGUACGCGUGUCUGUGUUUGUGUCUGUGUAUGUAUGUGUACAUGUGUCUGUGUUUGUGUCUGUGUCUGUAUGUGUAUGUGUGUCUGUGUUUGUGUCUGUGUCUGUAUGUAUAUGCGUGUCGUGUCUGUGUUUGUGUCUGUGUCUGAAUGUGUACGUGUUUCUGUGUCUGUGUUUGUGUCUGUAUGUGUACGCGUGUCUGUGUUUGUGUCUGUUAUCUGUAUGUGUACGUGUGUCUGUGUUUUUGUCUGUGUCUGUAUGUGUACGUGUGUCUGUGUCUGUGUCUGUAUGUGUACGUGCUUCUGUGUUUGUGUCUGUGUCUGUAUGUGUACGUGCUUCUGUGUUUGUGUCUGUGUCUGUAUGUCAAAUCAAAUCAAAUCAAAUCAAAUUUUAUUGGUCACAUGCGCCGAAUACAACAGGUGCAGACAUUACAGUGAAAUGCUUACUUACAGCCCUUAACCAACAGUGCAUUUAUUUUUUAACAAAAAAAGUAAAAAUAAAACAACAACAAAAAAAGUGUUGAGAAAAAAAGAGCAGAAGUAAAAUAAAAUAACAGUAGGGAGGCUAUAUAUACAGGGGGGUACCGGUGCAGAGUCAAUGUGCGGGGGCACCGGCUAGUUGAGAUAGUUGAAGUAAUAUGUACAUGUGGGUAGAGUUAAAGUGACUAUGCAUAAAUAAUUAACAGAGUAGCAGCAGCGUAAAAAGGAUGGGGUGGGGGGGGCAGUGCAAAUAGUCCGGGUAGCCAUGAUUAGCUGUUCAGGAGUCUUAUGGCUUGGGGGUAGAAGCUGUUGAGAAGUCUUUUGGACCUAGACUUGGCACUCCGGUACCGCUUGCCGUGCGGGAGCAGGGAGAACAGUCUAUGACUAUGGUGGCUGGAGUCUUUGACAAUUUUGAGGGCCUUCCUCUGACACCGCCUGGUAUAGAGGUCCUGGAUGGCAGGAAGCUUGGCCCCAGUGAUGUACUGGGCCGUACACACUACCCUCUGUAGUGCCUUGCGGUCGGAGGCCAAGCAGUUGCCAUACCAGGCGGUGAUGCAACCAGUCAGGAUGCUCUCGAUGGUGCAGCUGUAGAAUUUUUUGAGGAUCUGAGGACCCAUGCCAAAUCUUUUCAGUCUCCUGAGGGGGAAUAGGCUUUGUCGUGCCCUCUUCAUGACUGUCUUGGUGUGUUUGGACCAUGAUAGUUCGUUGGUGAUGUGGACACCAAGGAACUUGAAGCUCUCAACCUGUUCCACUACAGCCCCGUCGAUGAGAAUGGGGGCGUGCUCAGUCCUCUUUUUUUUCCUGUAGUCCACAAUCAUCUCCUUUGUCUUGGUCACGUUGAGGGAGAGGUUGUUGUCCUGGCACCACACGGCCAGGUCUCUGACCUCCUCCCUAUAGGCUGUCUCAUCGUUGUCGGUGAUCAGGCCUACCACUGUUGUGUCGUCGGCAAACUUAAUGAUGGUGUUGGAGUCGUGCCUGGCCAUGCAGUCAUGGGUGAACAGAGAGUACAGGAGGGGACUGAGCACGCACCCCUGAGGGGCCCCCGUGUUGAGGAUCAGUGUGGCAGAUGUGUUGUUACCUACCCUUAACACCUGGGGGCGGCCCGUCAGGAAGUCCAGGAUCCAGUUGCAGAGGGAGGUGUUUAGUCCCAGGAUCCUUAGCUUAGUGAUGAGCUUAGAGGGCACUAUGGUGUUGAAUGCUGAGCUGUAGUCAAUGAAUAGCAUUCUCACAUAGGUGUUCCUCUUGUCCAGGUGGGAAAGGGCAGUUUGGAGUGCAAUAGAGAUUGCAUCAUCUGUGGAUCUGUUGGGGCGGUAUGCAAAUUGGAGUGGGUUUAGGGUUUCUGGGAUAAUGCUGUUGAUGUGAGCCAUGACCAGCCUUUCAAAGCACUUCAUGGCUACAGACGUCAGUGCUACGGGUCGGUAGUCAUUUAGGCAGAUUAUCUUAGAGUCCUUGGGCACGGGGACUAUGGUGGUCUGCUUGAAACAUGUUGGUAUUACAGACUCAGUCAGGGACAUGUUGAAAAUGUCAGUGAAGACACUUGCCAGUUGGUCAGCACAUGCUCGGAGUACACGUCCUGGUAAUCCGUCUGGCCCUGCGGCCUUGUGAAUGUUGACCUGCUUAAAAGUCUUACUCACAUCGGCUACGGAGAGCGUGAUCACAUAGUCAUCCGGAACAGCUGGUGCUCUCAUGCAUGCUUCAGUGUUGCUUGCCUCGAAGCGAGCAUAGAAGUGGUUUAGCUCGUCUGGUAGGCUUGUGUCACUGGGCAGCUCGCGGCUGUGCUUCCCUUUGUAGUCUGUAAUAGUUUUCAAGCCCUGCCACAUCCGACGAGCGUCAGAGCCAGUGUAGUACGAUUCAAUCUUAGCCCUGUAUUGACUCUUUGCCUGUUUGAUGGUUCGUCGGAGGGCAUAGCGGGAUUUCUUAUAAGCGGCCGGGUUAGAGUCCCGUUCCUUGAAAGCGGCAGCUCUACCCUUUAGCUCAGUGCGGAUGUUUCCUGUAAUCCAUGGCUUCUGGUUGGGGUAUGUACGUACGGUCACUGUGGGGACGACAUCAUCGAUGCACUUAUUGAUGAAGCCAGUGACUGAUGUGGUGUACUCCUCAAUGCUGUCUGAAGAAUCCCGGAACAUGUUCCAGUCUGUGCUAGCAAAACAGUCCUGUAGCUUAGCAUCUGCGUCAUCUGACCACUUUUUUAUUAACCGAGUCACUGGUGCUUCCUGCUUUAGUUUUUGCUUAUAAGCAGGAAUCAGGAGGAUAGAGUUAUGGUCAGAUUUGCCAAAUGGAGGGCGAGGGAGAGCUUUGUAUGCGUCUCUGUGUGUGGAGUAAAGGUGGUCUAGAGUUUUUUUUCCUCUGGUUGCACAUUUAACAUGCUGGUAGAAAUUAGGUAGAACGGAUUUAAGUUUCCCUGCAUUAAAGUCCCCGGCCACUAGUGUACGUGUGUCUGUGUUUUUGUCUGUGUCUGUAUGUGUACGUGUGUCUGUGUUUGUGUCUGUAUGUGUACGUGUGUCUGUGUUUGUGUCUGUGUCUGUAUGUGUACGUGUGUCUGUGUUUGUGUCUGUAUGUGUACGUGUGUCUGUGUUUUUGUCUGUGUCUGUAUGUGUACGUGUGUCUGUGUUUGUGUAUGUAUGUGUACGCGUGUCUGUGUUUGUGUCUGUGUCUGUAUGUGUAUGCGUGUCUAUGUCUGUGUCUGUAUGUGUAUGUGUUUCUGUGUUUGUGUCUGUAUGUGUACGUGUGUCUGUGUUUGUGUCUGUAUGUGUACGUGCUUCUGUGUUUGUGUCUGUAUGUGUACGAGUGUCUGUGUUUGUGUCUGUAUGUGUAUGUGUACGCGUGUCUGUGUUUGUGUCUGUGUCUGUAUGUGUACGCGUGUCUGUGUUUGUGUCUGUGUCUGUAUGUGUACGCGUGUCUGUGUUUGUGUCUGUGUCUGUAUGUGUAUGCAUGUCUGUGUUUGUGUCUGUAUGUGUAUGCGUGUCUGUGUUUGUGUCUGUGUCUGUAUGUGUACGCGUGUCUGUGUUUGUGUCUGUGUCUGUAUGUGUACGCGUGUCUGUGUUUGUGUCUGUGUCUUUAUGUGUACGUGUGUCUGUGUUUUUGUCUGUAUCUGUAUGUGUACGUGUGUCUGUGUUUUUGUCUGUAUCUGUAUGUGUACGUGUGUCUGUGUUUUUGUCUGUAUCUGUAUGUGUACGUGUGUCUGUGUUUUAGUCUGUAUCUGUAUGUGUACGUGUGUCUGUGUUUGUGUCUGUGUCUGUAUGUGUACGUGCUUCUGUGUUUGUGUCUGUAUGUGUACGUGUGUGUUUGUGUCUGUGUCUGUAUGUGUAUGCGUGUCUGUGUUUGUGUCUGUGUCUGUAUGUGUACGUGUGUCUGUGUUUGUGUCUGUGUCUGUAUUUGUCUGUUUCUGUAUGUGUAUGCGUGUCUGUGUUUGUGUCUGUGUCUGUAUGUGUAUGUGUGUCUGUGUUUGUGUCUGUGUCUGUAUGUGUACAUGUGUCUGUGUUUGUGUCUGUGUCUGUAUGUGUAUGUGUGUCUGUGUUUGUGUCUGUAUGUGUACGUGUGUCUGUGUUUUUUGUCUGUAUGUGUAUGUGUGUUUGUGUCUGUGUCUGUAUGUGUAUGCGUGUCGUGUCUGUGUUUGUGUCUGUGUCUGUAUGUGUACGUGUGUCUGGGUUUGUGUUUGUGUCUGUAUGUGUACGCGUGUCUGUGUUUGUGUCUGUGUAUGUAUGUGUACAUGUUUCUGUGUUUGUGUCUGUGUCUGUAUGUGUACGUGUGUAUGUGUUUUUGUCUUUGUCUGUAUGUGUAUGUGUGUCUGUGUUUGUGUCUGUGUCUGUAUGUGUAUGCGUGUCGUGUCUGUGUUUGUGUCUGUGUCUGUAUGUGUACAUGUGUCUGUGUUUGUGUUUGUGUCUGUAUGUGUACGCGUGUCUGUGUUUGUGUCUGUGUCUGUAUGUGUACGCGUGUCUGUGUUUGUGUCUGUUAUCUGUAUGUGUACGUGUGUCUGUGUUUUUGUCUGUGUCUGUAUGUGUACGUGUGUCUGUGCCUGUGUCUGUAUGUGUACGUGCUUCUGUGUUUGUGUCUGUUUCUGUAUGUGUACGUGCUUCUGUGUUUUUGUCUGUGUCUGUAUGUGUACGUGUGUCUGUGUUUGUGUCUGUAUGUGUACGUGUGUCUGUGUUUUUGUCUGUGUCUGUAUGUGUACGUGUGUCUGUGUUUGUGUAUGUAUGUGUACGUGUAUCUGUGUUUGUGUCUGUGUCUGUAUGUGUACGCAUGUCUGUGUCUGUAUGUGUAUGUGUUUCUGUGUUUUUGUCUGUAUGUGUACGUGUGUCUGUGUUUGUGUCUGUGUCUGUAUGUGUAUUUGCUUCUGUGUUUGUGUCUGUAUGUGUACGUGUGUCUGUGUUUGUGUAUGUAUGUGUACGUGUGUCUGUGUUUGUGUCUGUGUCUGUAUGUGUACGCGUGUCUGUGUCUGUGUCUGUAUGUGUAUGUGUGUCUGUGUUUUUGUCUUUGUCUGUAUGUGUAUGUGUGUCUGUGUUUGUGUCUGUGUCUGUAUGUGUAUGCGUGUCGUGUCUGUGUUUGUGUCUGUGUCUGUAUGUGUACAUGUGUCCUGUGUUUGUGUUUGUGUCUGUAUGUGUACAUGUGUCUGUGUUUGUGUUUGUGUCUGUAUGUGUACGCAUGUCUGUGUUUGUGUCUGUGUCUGUAUGUGUACGCGUGUCUGUGUUUUUGUCUGUAUCUGUAUGUGUACGUGUGUCUGUGUUUGUGUCUGUGUCUGUAUGUGUACUUGUGUCUGUGUUUGUGUCUGUAUGUGUACGCGUGUCUGUGUUUGUGUCUGUGUCUGUAUGUGUACGUGUGUCUGUGUUUGUGUCUGUAUGUGUACGUGUGUCUGUGUUUUUGUCUUUGUCUGUAUGUGUAUGUGUGUCUGUGUUUGUGUCUGUGUCUGUAUGUGUACAUGUGUCUGUGUUUGUGUUUGUGUCUGUAUGUGUACGCGUGUCUGUGUUUGUGUCUGUGUCUGUAUGUGUACGCGUGUCUGUGUUUGUGUCUGUUAUCUGUAUGUGUACGUGUGUCUGUGUUUUUGUCUGUGUCUGUAUGUGUACGUGUUUCUGUGCCUGUGUCUGUAUGUGUACGUGCUUCUGUGUUUGUGUCUGUGUCUGUAUGUGUACGUGCUUCUGUGUUUGUGUCUGUGUCUGUAUGUGUACGUGUGUCUGUGUUUUUGUCUGUGUCUGUAUGUGUACGUGUGUCUGUGUUUGUGUCUGUAUGUGUACGUGUGUCUGUGUUUUUGUCUGUGUCUGUAUGUGUACGUGUGUCUGUGUUUGUGUAUGUAUGUGUACGUGUGUCUGUGUUUGUGUCCGUGUCUGUAUGUGUACGCAUGUCUGUGUCUGUGUCUGUAUGUGUAUGUGUAUCUGUGUUUUUGUCUGUAUCUGUAUGUGUACGUGUGUCUGUGUUUGUGUCUGUGUCUGUAUGUGUACGUGCUUCUGUGUUUGUGUCUGUAUGUGUACGUGUGUCUGUGUUUGUGUAUGUAUGUGUACGUGUGUCUGUGUUUGUGUCUGUGUCUGUAUGUGUACGCGUGUCUGUGUCUGUAUGUGUAUAUGUUUCUUAGUUUUUGUCUGUAUCUGUAUGUGUACGUGUGUCUGUGUUUGUGUCUGUGUCUGUAUGUGUACGUGUUUCUGUGUCUGUAUGUGUAUGUGUGUCUGUGUUUGUGUCUGUGUCUGUAUGUGUACGCGUGUCUGUGUUUGUGUCUGUGUCUCUAUGUGUACGCGUGUCUGUGUUUGUGUCUGUGUCUGUAUGUGUACGCGUGUCUGUGUUUGUGUCUGUGUCUGUAUGUGUACGCAUGUCUGUGUUUGUGUCUGUGUCUGUAUGUGUACGCGUGUCUGUGUUUGUGUCUGUGUCUGUAUGUGUACGCGUGUCUGUGUUUGUGUCUGUGUCUGUAUGUGUACGUGUGUCUGUGUUUUUGUCUGUGUCUGUAUGUGUACGUUGGUGUCAGCACGUUUAUUUCUAUUGUGCUUUCUAAAAUUAUCCCUGAUAUUUCUAUUGUCUGUUCUCCUUUUGCAUUCGUACAGUGUGAUACUGUGUGACUCACGACUCUGAGAGACCUAUCUACUCUAAUGAUGCAGCAGUACAUUGAGAGGGUUGCUUUCAUGAUGGAAUGAAACGCUGUUCUGUACAAGGACAAUGAUGCUGUUGCCUUUAGAAAACCCUUCAGAAAAAGGCACAACAAUAUUUUAGAGCGCAAUGUCUGCUAUUUUUGAGACCUCAGUCGUUGGCUCAUCCCCGUCCUUUUGUCUGUCCCAACAGGAAGCUGCACAGUGAAGGAGAGAAGGGACACGGCUGUGAGUUCUGUGGCAAACGCUUCACAGAUAGUGUACGGCUCAGGAUGCACAUGCUCUCUCACUCAGGUAACACUGCCAUACGAUGA